UUUACAACUGGUGGUAGGAGGUUAAUUAUAACUGUUUUUUGGUUGAGCAUCUAUGUACAUAUGUAUGUUUAAAAAUGGGGCGGUGAACUUUAUAUACUUCUGAGGAGAGGAUAACAUAUCUAAUUCCCUUUUCUAAUAUGUUUCUUAAUUUAAUUAUUUUUUUUUAAUUGCGAAGAUAAAGAAGGCCUGCGUUUUGAUUUUCGUUGUUGCACCCUGGUCGCUUUCUAUUCUAAUCAAUUUAGCAAAAAUGUUAGUUAUUGUUUUGUAAUUGUACAACACUGGCUUUUCGGGGUAACAUAAUGGACAUGACAACCCUGUCAGGCAGGGUUCACGCACUCGGGUAACCCUGUCGUUGCAGGUGUUUGCGCACGUCGACAACCCUAGCGGCAACAGUUAAAAAAUGGUGUGAAACGGCGACGGAGAACGCGGCGUGCAACUGUUGGAAGCCAUUGCUUGGUCCUCGUUUUGGUCCCGGGUUCUGGUCCUCCUAUCGAUCUCCAUCUCCGCCCGGUCACCAACGCACCAACACACCACUUCCAUUGGUAGUUCCAUUUCCACAUCCGCAUCCAAAUCCACAUCCACUCCCCCGCCAGCCAGCCAACAACAACAACAGCAGCAGAAGCUCGCAAUUCGAAACGGAACUUAAAACUUUUGCGUGUCCCCCGCGAAAUGGGCACUAUCUCAUCCGUGCUUCAAUGGUCGUGCACCAAGUGCAACACGAUCAAUCCCACGGAAUCGCUCAAGUGCUUCAAUUGCGGCACCGUUCGGAAAGUGUUUCCUCAACAACAUCAGCAACAGCAACGAAGAGUCCCCGCCUCCUGGACAGCUGAUGAUGCACUGGAUCAGGAACAGGCGGAGAAGGAUAAGGAGAAGGGCAGGGCGGCAGUUGCCAGGAGUGAGUACAAGCAUGUGUAUAAGUCCCUGCUGCGCGGAUGCUUGAAAAGACCACAGCGAAACAGCCAGAAUCUGCCUGCCAAUUGUGUGGACUGCGAGGACACGCGCAAGUACAUCAAGAGCUCCAUCGAGCUGUACCGCCACUUCUCGAAUCCGGCCCUCAACCGCCGGUGGGUGUGUCACGCCUGUGGCACGGACAACAGCUCGGUCACCUGGCACUGCAUCAUCUGCGACACGGUCAGCUACCUGGCGCCCAUCUACAAGGACGCCAUCGCUGCCGACCGAGGCCAAGAGCUGGCCGGCAGUCUGGGCAAUCACGGAGAGCUGCUGGCGGCGGACCACCAACAUCAUCAUCAUCACCACCUCCACCAAGAGUUGGAGGAGCAGCAUCAUCACCAGCAUCAGUUACAUUCCCAGCACUCGCACAAGCGGCACCUCAAGGGUAGAUCUGCAUCGGGAUCUGGAUCUGGAUCGGGAUCUGGACUGCGGCGCACUCAAAGCCUGAGCACCGCCAUCGACAAGAGCACCUCCGGGCGCAGUUGUCACAUUUGCUAUGCGAACAACCAAAGCAAAGACAUCUUCAAUCUGCCGCAGGUCAAGCCGACGCCGCAGCUGACAGGUAUUCCCCCGGUGGCCGCCUGCAGCAACUCCCGAUUUGCCAUCGCCAACGACACGUUUUGCCGGCGCAAGCAGAACAACAACAACAAGAACCAAAAUCACAAAGUGGUACGCGAGAGCGGAGCCAAGCGGAAGUAUAACUUCACCAUAACCACGCUCUCGCGUUCGGCGGCCAAGGAUUCCGGCCAAGGCCAAAUGAAGCCACUGCGUCAGCCCCUUAAUCUGAAUGUGAAUCUCCAGCAAGAGCAGCAGCAGAAGACGCCGGGAAAUCCACAGCAGUUGCAGAGGAAGACCCAGCGGGAGCCAGCAGCAGUGAGUAUGAAUCCAACGCAGUUCACCAUUCCGCGGAACGGCGUCUUCAUAGCCGUCAACGAGUGGUCGGAGCCAAUGGCCAACAGCUCCUCUGGCUCCUCCAGCACAAAUCAUCAUCAUCACCAUCACAGCAACAGCAUCAACAACAACAGCAGUUCCGGCAGCAGCAACAAGUUGUAUGAAAACGAGUGUGUGGCCUUGGCUCAGCAGCAACUAAGAGCAGCUGCUGCUCAGGCGGCACAGGCAGCCGCCACAGCGGUGGCCAUUGCGAGCACGCCAUCUGGCAAGGCGUCGGCGGAGCCAACUCCUCUAGCUACUAUGCCCAUAUAUGCGCAGGUGAACAAACAGCACAAGCUGAAAAAAAAGCAACAGACUGUCAACGAAACGCAAACAAACAACAAUGGCAGUGGAGAGAUUACGGAUGCGGUCAGUGAAUCCCUCGCAGGAUUGGGUACCAGCGCCGAUGGCAGCGGCGAGGCCAGUGAAUCUGAGUCGCAAGUGGAGGAGCAUUCCAUCUACGCCAAGGUGUGGAAGGGACCACGCAAGACGACCGAAUCGAAAAUUACGCAUGAUCCCGGGAGCAGUAGUCGCCUGAUAUUAGCCCCAUCCGCAACAGCAGUAACAUCAUCCUCGGGAGUCGGAGCGUUAGUUGCAGCAGCCGGCGCAGUUCCUGCCGCACGGCACGACAAUAAAGCACAGCUGGGCAACAGCAACGGCAGCCGCAGUAAGAUGUGGACAUGCAUUAAAUGUUCCUAUGCCUACAACCGACUCUGGGUGCAGGCCUGCGAAAUGUGCGAGGCCAAACUGGAGCAGCAGCAUCAGCAACUCCAGCAGCAGCAGCAGCACCAUUCACAGCAGCAACAGCUGGCAGGUGUUCAGGAAAAAGAAACCCCCCGCGACGAGCCCUGGACGUGUAAGAAGUGCACCCUGGUAAACUACUCCUCGGCGAUGGCCUGUGUGGUCUGCGGCGGCUCCAAGUUGAAGAGCAUCUCAUCAAUCGAGGACAUGACUCUACGAAAGGGCGAGUUUUGGACCUGCAGCCACUGCACACUGAAAAACUCGCUUCACUCACCGGUGUGCAGUGCUUGCAAGUCGCACCGUCAGCCGCAGCUUUCAAUGACUAUGGAAGCGGUGCGCGAGCGACCGGAUGGCCAGUCGUACGAGGAGCAGGAUGCUGCAGCAGCCGGGGGUGGAAGUAGUAGUGGAUCCAGCGUCCACCAAACAAGCACCAACGAAGUCAAAACACCAACAGCUUUGAAUCUUCCACUAGCUUCGGUGGCCUUGCCCAUGCCGAUGCUGCAAAUUCCAACGUCAUCGGCAGCUGGACUGCGUGGGUCGCGCAGUCCCUCGCCUAGGAUGCAGCCACUGCCAUCGCUCCAGCAGCAGAGAAGUUCAAGUUCUUCUGGAGCUAUACCUAAACGUCACAGCACAGGCGGCUCCAUUGUUCCCAGGAACAUCUCUAUUGCCGGACUGGCCAACUACAACUUGCAGCAGGGCACCGCAUCCGUAGUAUCUGCCUCAGGAGCUGGAGCCAGUGCCAGCUCAAAAAAGUGGCAGUGCCCAGCUUGUACAUACGAAAACUGUGCUGCAUCCGUGGUAUGUGACAUCUGCUCAAGUCCGCGUGGCCUGGCAAGCGCUGUUUUGGGAGAGGCUAUGGCCAGGAAGUCCAUUCGAGUUGCCCUCACCCCGGCAGAUAUCAGACAGGAGAGCAAGCUGAUGGAGAAUCUGCGCCAGCUGGAGGAAACAGAGGCGCUGACCAAAUGGCAAAACAUUAUCCAGUACUGCCGUGACAACAACGAGCUUUUCGUGGAUGAUUCGUUUCCGCCGGCACCAAAGAGCCUGUACUACAACCCGGCGAGCGGAGCAGGCGAGGGCAAUCCUGUGGUGCAGUGGCGACGACCGCAUGAAAUUAACUGCGAUGGCGGGGCGUAUCCACCGUGGGCUGUAUUCCGCACACCGCUGCCCUCAGACAUUUGCCAAGGAGUCUUGGGCAAUUGCUGGUUACUUAGUGCGCUGGCGGUGCUAGCGGAGCGCGAGGAUCUGGUCAAGGAGGUGCUGGUCACAAAGGAGAUAUGUGGCCAAGGCGCAUACCAAGUACGCCUCUGCAAAGAUGGAAAGUGGACGACUGUGCUAGUGGAUGAUCUAUUACCGUGCGAUAAACGGGGCCAUCUAGUCUACUCGCAGGCCAAGCGCAAGCAACUAUGGGUGCCGCUAAUCGAGAAGGCAGUGGCCAAAAUCCACGGCUGCUAUGAGGCGCUGGUCUCCGGCAGAGCCAUCGAGGGACUGGCCACGCUGACAGGAGCGCCUUGCGAGAGCAUACCGCUUCAGGCGAGCAGCUUGCCCAUGCCCAGCGAGGAUGAGCUGGACAAGGACCUGAUAUGGGCGCAGCUGCUAAGCUCGCGGUGUGUACGAUUUCUUAUGGGCGCCAGUUGUGGCGGUGGCAACAUGAAGGUGGACGAAGAGGAGUAUCAGCAAAAGGGGUUGCGCCCGCGACACGCUUACUCAGUGCUAGACGUGAAAGAUAUCCAGGGACAUCGACUGCUUAAGCUGCGCAAUCCGUGGGGUCACUAUUCGUGGCGUGGUGAUUGGUCGGAUGAUUCCUCCCUGUGGACGGACGACCUCCGGGAUGCUCUAAUGCCGCACGGCGCUAGUGAGGGUGUCUUUUGGAUCUCGUUCGAGGACGUUCUUAACUACUUCGACUGCAUUGACAUCUGCAAGGUGCGCUCCGGCUGGAACGAAGUGCGAUUGCAGGGCACUUUGCAACCCCUGUGCUCCAUCUCUUGUGUGUUGCUCACUGUGCUGGAGCCGACGGAGGCGGAGUUUACGCUCUUCCAGGAGGGACAGCGCAACUCGGAGAAGUCGCAACGCUCGCAGCUGGACCUGUGCGUUGUGAUUUUCCGCACCCGAUCUCCGGCGGCGCCAGAAAUAGGUCGUUUAGUAGAGCACAGCAAGCGGCAGGUGCGCGGUUUUGUGGGCUGCCAUAAAAUGCUAGAGCGGGAUAUUUACCUGCUUGUGUGCCUGGCUUUCAACCACUGGCACACGGGCAUCGAAGAUCCGCACCAGUAUCCGCAGUGCAUACUGGCAAUACAUAGCUCAAAGCGACUUCUGGUGGAGCAGAUUAGUCCCUCUCCGCACCUCCUGGCGGACGCCAUUAUCAGCCUGACCUUAACAAAAGGGCAGCGACACGAGGGGCGCGAGGGCAUGACCGCCUAUUAUCUGACCAAGGGCUGGGCGGGUCUGGUUGUGAUGGUGGAGAAUAGACAUGAGAACAAGUGGAUCCAUGUAAAAUGCGACUGCCAGGAAAGCUACAAUGUGGUGUCCACAAGGGGCGAACUCAAGACGGUGGACUCAGUGCCGCCACUCCAAAGACAAGUUAUAAUCGUGCUUACCCAACUGGAGGGCAGUGGUGGCUUUAGUAUUGCCCACCGGCUAACCCAUCGGUUGGCAAACUCUCGCGGCCUUCACGACUGGGGCCCACCCGGUGCUACCCACUGUCCGCCCAUCGAGAAUGUGCAUGGAUUACACGCCCCGCGGCUGAUCACCUAAGAUGAGAUUGGAUUGGGACUUGGGAAAGCGAAUGGCGAGAUAUGAGUAGUAGGCCACUGUUGAGGCUCUCUCUCGAUCUGUCAUUGUUGGCAUGCGUCUCCGCUCAUUUCUACCCGUACUCUAGUCGAUGUUUUGUUAAAGUAUCACAUCACAGCGAAGAAAACCAAAAGCUUAAACCAACCAACUAAGCAAAACAUAUAUAUGUGUAUAGAUAGAUCCGUGCAGAUAUGAUGUGUUUAUGUACUACGUCUCAUUUGGAACAGCGGAGCAUAUUGGUUUGGCAACGGCAGAGUCCGGAAGCCGAUAUCAUGAGUCCGAAGAUCUCGGCACGAUUCCAUCAAGAUCAAAUGAUAUAUGUUUUGAUUUAAACGCCGAUGUUUAUGGAUUAUAUAGAUAUGUAUUGUGAAUUUAAGUGCAUCCAAUAUUAAUAUGUGUAUUGUUUUAAAAAUAAAGACUACAAGUUAUAAAAGCGAAA